UUCUCUUCUUGUAUUAUUCUCUAUACUUUCACUAAGAAGAAAUAGCCUUUAAUUUUCUUGUUUACCAAAUAUGGAACUCAUCACUAUUUUCCUUGUUUUCUCACUUCUUGUCCAUGGAGCUCUUGGUAAUGGAGAAAUUGUGUGUGAAGAUUUGUCAAUAGGAUUGUGUGCCUACUCAGUUGCUUCCUCAGGGAAGCGUUGCUCUUUGGAGACUUAUGAAUCAGGUGAGGGAACAACAAGGUACCAAUGCAAGACCUCAGAGGUGUUAGUGUCCAAUAUUGGCAUAGCAAAUUUGAUUGAAAGUGAUGAGUGCAUAAGUGCUUGUGGAGCUAAUAGGAACUCUGUUGGCAUUUCUUCUGAUUCACUUCUUGAAUCAAAAUUCACUUCUAAGCUUUGCUCCCAACAAUGCAACCAAAAGUGCCCCAACAUUGUUGAUCUUUACUACAAUUUGGCUUUGGGAGAAGGGAUGUAUUUGCCAGCAUUUUGCAAGGGAAGAAAUUUGAACGGACGCCAUGAAAUGAGCCAAAUCCAAAGUUCAGGUGUGGCGUUUGCACAUUCAUCUGCCUGGGACGGAUAUGGUCGACAGUUGAAUGAUGAAGGCCCAGCUGCAAGUGCUGCAUUCACAUUCGAUGAUUCGGAGGCUGAUGCUCCAUGGUGUUCAUGAAGCUUUUCCAAUUGCAUUACUAAAGGGUUCAUAAGUUGCUCUGUUUACACAUUGCUCUUUUUUGGUUGUUUGAUUUUACUAAAUAAUCUGUAGAAGUUUGAGGAUUACUUCAGUUGUCAUUUCAAUUCAUUAUAUGAACUUUAUUAUCAAUUAGUUCCAUGUUCACACUUCCCCUUUUUCUUAUCAAUGAAUGGAAGUUGCAUUA